AAUGGAAAUUUAUUGAAAAUUUGUUAUCUCAUACAUAAAUAUACUCUUAAAAUAUACUGAAUUGAUUCUUUCCCAGAUAUAAUCUUAUGAUAACAUCUGGAGGUAAACUUCUGAACAAAUACUUUGCCAAAUGAUGAUGCAAAACGUAUUACAAUUAAUGCAGUUAUUCGAGAUUAAAAGUGAUGUUCUCUCAUCAAGAUGUACAAAAAACAUCGUGGAAGCACUGUUAGUGUCAUUUGUAAACACGUGAAUCAACUAAAUUUCAAGGAAAAAUGUCAACAGGAAGACUUGGGUGCAGCAGAUUUCGAGGAAGCAAUAUCAGCUACUAAAUUUGGAAAAUUCAACUUGAUCCUCAUACUUAUAGCAAUUCCUUCAGGAUGGUCUUCCAUUUUCGAGACCACCACCAUGUCUUACGUUUUCCCAGCUGCGCAGUGUGACCUUAGCCUUUCUUUGGGAGAUAAAGGAGUUCUGAAUGCUGUUACAUACAUAGGAAUGAUUUCGAGUGCCUUCAUUUGGGGCUAUCUCUGUGAUACUCUAGGUAGAAAAAAAUUAUUGUACAUAGGAUUUUUUCUGGAUAGUUUAUUUGUUGUCAUGAGUUCAUUUUCACAAACUUUGACCCUCUUAAUGAUAACAAAGUUUUUAGGAGGAUUUAUAAUAAACGGACCCUUUGCUGCCCUAACAUGCUAUUUAUCAGAAUUUCAUUGUGCCAAAUAUAGAGCAAGAGUACAAAUGGUCCUAGGUAUAAUUUUCAGCGCUGGUACAAUAUGUUUACCACUCCUAGCAGCCCUUAUUCUACCUGAAGAAAUAGAUAUCGUUUUGUUUGACUAUUUCAGAAUACAUUCUUGGAACGUCCUACUUCUAGUAAGCGCUUUUGCGCCUUUGCUGGGUGGUGUUGUCUUCUUCUUUUUACCAGAGAGUCCAAAGUUUUUGAUGUCAAUAGGUAGAAACGAAGAAGCGCUCAAUGUUAUGAAGAAGGUUUACAGCUUGAAUACAGGAAAACCUGCAGAAACAUAUCCGAUCAAAACACUGAUAGAAGAGACGAAAGCAAAAGAGAACAAGACUGCUGAUGGUGAGGUCCAAAUAUCUGAAAAAACAUCGAGAAAAACUUUUUCACAGGGGUUCUCACAGCUGAAGCCAUUAUUUGCUCCUCCAUUGCUGCAAAACAUUCUUCUGGUAUGCUUAUUGCAAAUGAUGCAAAUGAUGAGCUUGAAUACCUUAAGAUUAUGGCUUCCCCAAUUAUUCCAAGCAAUACACGACUAUGAAUAUUACAAUAAUAAUACUUCCGCUGACCUUUGCACCAUGUUGGAAACAAUAAGGCCAAAAAAUGUUACUGCUACUACUGAAUGUGUGGUUAAUACGAACCUUAAAGUUUAUGUGAAUGCAAUGAUAGUUUCUACUGUUACUUUAUUUGGGUAUAUUGUUGCUGGUUCCCUGAUAAAUUAUCUUGGAAAGAAAAAACUUAUUUUCAUACUAGGGUUUUCUUCUGGCUUAUGUGGUUACAGUAUGUAUUUUGCACAAAGUUCUGAAGCCACCCUGGUAAUUUCAUCACUUUUCAUCGGACUGGGAAGUAUCAGUAUCAAUGUUAUACUGAGUGUUGUUGUGGACCUAUUUCCAACAUCUUUGAGAACUAUGACAGUGUCUGUUACAAUGAUGUGUGGUAGAUUGGGAGCCACUUCUGGCAAUCUUGUAUUUCCUACUUUGUUGAAAUCAGGUUGUGCUCCACCAUUUUUCACUGUGGGUACUGGCAUGCUAGGUGUGGCAUUGUUUUGCCUUCUACUUCCAAAUACCGACAUGAAAUCGCUACAAUAGAAGUUGCAGUUGAAUGAAAAAAUGCAGUAUUAGAUGAAAAGGUAGACAAAAGAUAUAUGGCACCUUGUUUUUGUGUGGUCCCUUUUUGGAAUGCAUUUUAGGUCCGCUUUUUGACCUCUCCAAGAUGAAAUUCUUGGAAGAUCUUUAGGGGAGUAAACCUCUACAUGUGAAUCUCUCAGGUUGCAUUUCUACAUUUAUACAGGGUUGUACGAAUAAAAGAAAUAAAUGAUUCUUUUUCUA